UUGUUUCAUGUUUAACCCUGCUGCUGUAAGCGUUAUUUCGCUACUCUCAGGUCGUCACUUGAUGGCGUGUAUUCGUAAAAAGCUGGUGGUGGUUGGGGACGGGGCAUGUGGGAAGACUUGUCUGUUAAUCGUUUUUAGCAAAGAUGAAUUUCCAGAGGUUUACGUGCCCACCGUUUGAAAACUACGUCGCAGACAUUGAAGUGGACUCCAAACGAGUUCAGCUAGCUUUAUGGGACACUGCGGGGCAGGAGGACUACGACCGACUGAGACCCUUAUCCUAUCCGGACACCGAUGUCAUCCUGAUGUUCUUCUCUGUGGAUAGCCCAGACUCUCUGGAAAACAUUCCAGAAAAGUGGGUGCCGGAAGUGAAACACUUCUGUCCAAAUGUGCCCAUAAUUUUGGUGGCGAAUAAGAAAGAUUUGCGGAGCGAUGACAAUGUGAGAAGUGAACUGUCGAGAAUAAAACAGGAGCCAGUGAGAACGGAGGACGGACGCGCCAUGGCUGCUCGCAUCGGAGCGCACGACUACAUAGAGUGCUCUGCCAAAACGAAAGAGGGGUUCGGGAAGUAUUUGAGACCGCUACUCGAGCAUCCUUACAGAAGAGACCAAGGUCACCCGCUGGCUGUUUGAACUGUUGCCGACUGAUGUGAAAAACAACACAAACCUAUGACACAAAGGACACCCUCCUCGAAAGGAUUGCUUUUUUGGGUAUGCCAACAGCAGAAAUGACUUUUUGCUCAUAGAACACACUGUGCUUGUAUUCAUUGUGAGGUCAAUAUUUCAAAGCAAUCUAAAGUCAUAUGAUCCACUCUAAAAGACAUCCUGGCUGGCCACUGGAUGGACUUUUACUUAAUUAUGUGAAUGGCUUAAUAACUGUGGCCCGGUAGUGUGGUAAAUGGACUGCCCACAAAGUUUAAUACCAAUAGGCUUCACAGCUUAAGUUUUUUUUUUGUUUUGUUUGUUUUAUUUAUUUAUUUUUUUAGAAUAUGCUCCUAUACCUUACAGUGUUCCGUAAUUAAAGCAAUUGAUCUGUUUACCAUGUUCAUCUUGAUGUUGCUGUCUGUUAAUGAAUUAAAAUACACAGGCAAGUUCUCAAAACAAAGGUCCACAUGUGCUCUGUAUGACAACAACUGUUUUAGGUGUGAUUAAAGUGUUAGUGUACAGUUUAAAAAAAAUGUUGCCUCCUUUAAUGUUUAAAUAUCACUCCUAAAGGGAAUGAACGAAUGAAUCAGAACUGCUGAGGAAAUACUGAUGUUAUUGGUCUAUUUUUGAUUUUUACUUGGUAGACAACAAUUACUGUACAAACUCCUGUAUUCAGUUUAUGAAAUGUACUGAACAAGCCUCAAUUAAACCAUUUUAAAUAUA